UUCUGUUUAGUGGUUUAGUCUUAGUCUUAAAUGUUCGACUCUCAUCUCUUGAAAUUCGUUAUGCGUAAACAAUUUGUUCUAAAUUAUGUUAAAACUCUCAAGGUUUUUCAUAUGUUUUAAGAUAUUUAAAAUUAAAAAACACUUAAGAGAAUGAUUUGAAAUGUAUUUAUAAUCGCACAUACAAUAUUACAAUGGCAAGUAUAAAGACUGAGGUUUCCAUGUCGGAAAACGGAGAUGAUGACCAGUGGUUGUAUGGGGACUCAAAUUCUAAUCUAGACCCUGUCGUUUCAUUAGCUGAUGAUAUUAAACCAGCUGAACCAGUUGGUAUUUUAGAAGAUGAGGAAGCACGUCUUAUGGAGUUCUUGGCAAACCCUGGACCAGGAAGUAUAGAUGUCCCACCUAUUGUAAAAGAAUUAGUUAGCGAAGAUCCCAAUCGACCUCGAAGUCCUGAAACAUUUUUAGGGGUACCAGGAAUCCAAACUGAGGCACUGAUUACAGAAGAUUCAUUUGAAACUAACCUGUUAGAAACUGCAACUGAAGUGGGUAUUAAUAUUCCUGAAAAAGUAUCCGAAGAGAAUAAUGAAGAUAGACAAAUAUCAUCUGAAGAUAGUGAAGAAGAUAGUGAUGAUGACAUUGUUGUGGCAGCUGGAAAUUUUACAUUGUCUUCUAUGGAAAAUAAUAUGGCCUCUCUUUCACAACAAAAUAAUUCAAGCCCAUCAACUGCUGGAAUAAAUUUAAAACGAAAUAAUUUAUUAACAUUAACAAAUAUUCCUGGAAUGUCAUCUGGAAAUAAACAUCAAGGAAAAUUUAAUGUUGAAGAUUUUGAAAGUAUGGGCACCAUAAAUGGUGUUCCUGCUCAUGAGUAUUCUAUUGAAACUACUGAAGAAAAACCAUGGUUAAAACCAGGUGCAGAUAUCACAGAUUAUUUUAAUUAUGGGUUUAAUGAAAACACAUGGUUAGCAUAUUGUGAACGUCAAAGGAAAAUGCGAUGUAAUGAGUCAUUAGUUGGAAUGUCAACUUUGGCAAUGCAUAAUCAACAAGUUUCUAUAAGCACUACAAAUAAUAAUAUGAUUCCAACUUUGGAUGUUAAAUCUAGUACAAAAUUUCAAGCACCAAAUAUUACACCAAAGGAAAACACUAUUGAGGUUAUGACAGCUGAGAGGAGAGAAUAUAGUCGUAAACAUUUUUCAACUCCUGAUUUAUCAGUACCCCCUCCAAUAAUUCCUACAAAUUUUGACGUACCACCACCAAUGAUUCAAAAUUCUAUAAAUUCUAUACCACCUCCUGGAUUUGGUCCUCCACAAAUUAAUGUGCCUUAUGAACCAGAAUACUAUCCUCACGAACCAGAUCCAUACUACAAUGCUUUUGAACCUACUCAAGAUAUGCAAUGGAAUCAAACUUGGACCCCGAAUGUAAAAAGUAUAGAGAACAUUCCAACUUUGUCAAAUGGAGAUUCAUACAACAAAGAUUUGGUAAGAGAUAAAGAAUAUUAUUCAAAUCGUGUUAAAAAAGAACCAGAAGAAAGAGGAUAUGAACGAGAUCGUGAGAGCCGCAAUCGAUACCGCGAUAGAGAGAGGGAGAGGGAUCGUGAACGUGAUAGGGACAGAGACAGGGAACGUAGUAGACAUAGAGAAAGUGAUGGUGUUGAAAGUCCAGAAGCAAGUUAUAAAGAAGAGAGAGAAUACAAACACAAGUCUCAUCGUCAUCGCUCUCGAAGUCGUAGUCAUGAAAAACGCUCUAGGAAACACAAGUCUCGUAGUAGAAGUGGAUCUAGACAUCGUCACAAAAAGAAGAAAAAGAAGUCUGAGAAGAACAAGGAAGAUGAUAACAGUGAAUAAUUUUCUGUUGUCAUGGUGUAAAUUUAAACAUUUUUUUAUUAUUAUUAUUAAUAUUAUUUUUUCUUCAUUUCAUUGAGUUGUUAAUGGUAAAUGGUAAUUUAAAGGUUAUUGCAACUAGUUCUGUAUUGAACUGAUGUUACAUGAAGUACACAUUUUAUCUACAAAUAGAAUUAAAACUUUCACCUUUGAUUAUUAUUAUUAUUAUUAUAAGUAAACACAAACUACUAAACAAUAAAACUUAUGUUGUUAUAUUAAAAAUGUAAAUUAUACAUUUCAUUUUCAUUUUUGUAUAUGUAAACUGUUUGUAUAACAUGAAAAAUUAAUUAAAAUAGCUUUAAAAUA